AUGAGUAAUCAUAGCGGAACCUAUGGAUCUCGCGAUCAGAGAAGGGAGAAAUACACCCAAGGGAAGGAGUUCGAAGACGGUACAUUAGAAACAUUAGAAAGUAUAAUCAGUGCAGUCGAAGAUGAAAAUCUCUCAAAAGAUUAUCAACCUCUAAUAGUGUUCUUCCAAAGGGGAUUUGGUGCUCAAUUGGUACAGACCUGGUCAUACUAUGCCCAAGUAAAUAACCAUGGGAAGUUCUCGAGGACAACUACAUUACUGACUAAAACUUUAUGGGUUUUGUCAUCUGAUACUAGUACGCUGACUAUUGGGAGCGGUCUAAUUAGAUUAAUAUUGACUGAUUACACCAAAGUUCUUUAUAGAGGAUUAAACAAUAUGCGUGCCCAGUUAACUAAUCCAAUUCUUCGUCUACUCAAACAAAUAGUCAAUUUCAACAGUGGACAACACAUAGAGGAAUUAGUUUCAUAUUUCGAUUUUUCACUGCCUAUCUUACCAAGACUGUUGUCACCAACCAAGUCCGAGUUAGCCAAUGGCAACUCGUCCUCUGAUUCAUCCAAACAUGACUCAAUAAGGUUUACAUUUAUCAAGUUCUGGUUGGCAUUGAUCUCAAAUGCCUCCCCAUUCGUAAGAAAAGAGCUUUUAACAGAAAACUUUAAGAUUAUGAGCAACCUAUUUAAAUUUAUGAAUAAGGCUGAUUCUGACAAGUUAUCUGAACACAUAUUAUCUGUAUUCAUAAACGAUAUUCUAAAGGAAAAGUCUUUCAAAAGAACUACAAAAACCAAAAUUUUAAAUGAGCUGGCGGCUUCAAAGAUUCAUCACUUCUAUUAUUCAUCAAACAAGAAUUUGGUUAAGAAGGCGAAUGAGUUUUUCCUAACUUUUGGAGCUUCCCGUGACUUUAGCGUGGCAUUUCCUGAUAAUUGUGUUUGGUUCAAAAAUUCAGUUAUUGAUGGGGCCUCUCAUGGAGCACCAAUAACCGUUAAUCAAGUAGAAUUUCAAAUUCACAAUAAACUUUUGUUUAAUACUUUACGCCUUUUCAAACCUUGGGAAGAUAUCCUGCAGUUAGGCACGUUGAUCAAAAUAUUGGAGAAUGUUCCAGAACUUGUAGCACCUUAUAGCAUCUUUUUAACGACGAAUGGUAACCAUGACCCUAAGAUGACUUCAUAUUGGUUUGGUACAACAUUAUUGAUUAACAAGAUCAUCAAUCUUAAGAUACCGCAAUUUAUGGAGAAUGUUGAUAGCAGUAUUCCACCUGCCACUUCAUUAGUUAUAGAAAACAUUCUGCCAUCUUUGCUCACCAAAUCCUCGUUGACUAAAUCUUUACAAUUUGAAACGCCCAUCAUAAGACAAUUGGCUUGUCAAUCUAUAGUUCUAGCGUUCAAAAAGUUAGAAAAAAUUUCCACACUUUAUGACAAAAAAGGCUGGAGAAAUGAAAAGACUAUUCUACUCAACGAAUUUCAUACUAGGGUUCCCGAUUUGCCAAUAUUUGUAUCCACUUUGAACAAUACUUUGUCUACCAAUAAGAAUAAUAGAAUUUUACCGUUGUCCAUAUCCAUUAUAUUCAACUACUACAGUAAAAUAUUCCCUAAUCUCUUCUCAAUUAACCUACCAUCAUCAAAUAUUUACACAGGUGUUAUGCAAAAACCCAAGGUUUCUGGGAUAGAAUUCGCUAUUCUGGAUAACUACUUACAAUUUCAAGAGUUUAACUCCACUCAAACCAAGUGGUGGAACCCAAGUUCCGGUGCAAAUUCUUUGUUUACUCUACUAUUAAAACUGGCAUCUUCCAAAAAUGCUUCUAACGUGAUAACUACAAGGAUAUCCAAUUUGCUCGAUGAGUUGACAAGAACAAAUGUUAUCUUCAACGUAUCUUUAAUUUCACCAGUGAUGGCUUUGGUGAAUAGUCUUCAAGGGUUUUCCCUUCAAGUCUCUGAAACAGACGGCAUGGAAAAAAUCUGGAAAUGGUUCGAUGAAACUAUAUCUCGUGUCGUAAAAACACCAUACAAGUACGUUGAUUUAGCGAAAGAAUAUAACUGCAUUUCUCCUUUCAUAAUGGGUCUUUCAGAACAGUGGAAAUACGUUGAUAAGAACGGCAACCCAGAUUUUCUAAUUAAAUGGCUCCUAUUUUUUUUUAGAAACAUGAUUUUCAUCGGCGAAGAUCAUAUGGGCAUAGGUAAACUUGUCAAAGAUGUCUUUCCUGAGGUUUCUGAGGACGAUGCGAACUUAUAUUUGAAACUUGAUUCAUUUGAAGAAAAUACCGAGAACACUAAUAACUCCAAUUCUCUGAUUUCUUUGAUGAAGGACUCAUCUUUUUUUCAGUAUAUUUCGUCUCUUCCAACUAAAAAAUUGAUGAAUAUCUCUAGGUUGCCAGUGAACAAAUUAGAUGCGGCAGGAAUUCUUUUUAGAAUCCAGUUAUUGACAGAAAACGAUUCCAUUGUUUAUGACAGUUGGUUCGAAGCAACUGUCUGUGAGUUAGCUGGCAAGAUUGCCAGCUACAUGGUGACAGACUCAGUAUUUCCGAUUGUCCAAGUUUUGGAAAGGUAUAUAAAAUUCGCUUUACCCAAACUGGUCGAUGAGAAAAGAAAUGCCCUACUCAUGGAGAAAUCAAGAUUCAUGUGCAAUUUAAUUGGCGCAGUAUGCCUUGAAACAGGGCAUCAAUUAGUGGCAUUCCGAGAGAUGAUUCAAAAAGCCGCGUUUAGUGGUGAAAAUGUCGAAGAGUAUGCCAGCUAUAAUAGGUCCCAUCGCGAAGAAGAUAUAAAUGCUUUGCUAACAAGCGUUAGUGAGUAUUUAAAUUCUUCAGCAUUAACUUCGCUGCUCAUGCACAGCACCAAACUAGAGUGUACGAGAAAUAUUUUAAGAAAAUUACUCAACGAGGGAAAAACUAUAAAAAUUUCCCUUGUAAAAAGUAUACUAAGCAAAACUCCAAAUGAGGAUCCUGUUUCAAUUAAAGAAGUAACCUUCUUUUUAGCUAAGUUUUUAGAAGAAGGCAAAGUUUAUGUUGGCGCUACAUCUGCUCCUGAAGGGAAACUAUCCCUUUCAGAAACCACUUCUUUGAUAAAUAGUGUUGUUUCUAGUGAUUUGAAUUACCCAGUACUGGAAGCUUUUUACAAAUGGGAACAUUUUUCCUUCUCAUCGUUCAUACCAAAUAUCGGAAAGAUCAAGGAUUCACAUUUACUAAGUAUCGUAACAACGACCGCUUUGUUCAACCACAUGCAAGACAGAAAUUUUAGCGCAUUUGCUCACGAAAUAAUUCUCAAAUAUGGUGAUGACAUUGCAAAAUGUACUUACGCCACUUUGAAAAGCGACAUUUUUGAUAAAAUAUUAAACAUGAUUACCACUUAUAUCGAUUUCUAUGAUGAAACAAAAAAAAAGGCUAUUCUGAAAUGCGUUUUAUCACAGAGCGACCAUAGAUAUCAUGCUGCCACAGUAAGAUAUAUUGCCGCGCACAACGAUUUUGCUUAUCCGGGGGUGAGAACAUGGUUAAACAAAACUCUCCUUUAUGUUACAAAGUACCUUUCAGAAAGGAAGGUUAUCUCCCAUUCUUUUUUUGAGCUAUUAGGAGCCGUGACUGAACUCUUAAAACUUGAGGAGGCAUCGAAGGAACUAAAUCUUAAAAUCAUUAAUUCUCAGUUAGAGGCCAUUCUAGGCAGUGAGUGGAUCAAGCAAGUUAAGGUUCUCGAAUACAUUAACGUAUUAAUUUUGUGUGUGAACCAGAAGUCAAUUCAAUCACAAAGAAUGGUUCAGCUAUUAUUAAGCAAUGACUGUUACUCAUCAAUCAUGACCAAAGACAAUGAUGAAGAGUCUUCGUAUCGAAAAUUCUUAAGUACAAUGGUAUUGUUCUCUUUAUUCAACAUUGACCCGGUCAAUAACUCGACACCAAUUGUUCAAGAGAGGUUAUUAACCUUUUACUCGGGCACUAUUUCCUGUAAUGACAAAUUUAUCGUUAAAAUGCUAGAAAGUAUCGAAUCUCACACCGCUAACUCGUGGACAAACAUGAUUUUCUCUUGGGAAUUCAUCAAAGACGAAGAGGAAGAAAUCUUGGAAGCUAUUGGAGAUACAAGGCUAAUCACUAAAGAAAGAGAAGGUUUGAUACUAACACUAGAAAAAAAUAUGAUCAAAAAAUCCAUUGACGGAUACGUAUUGGAAAGACCUCAAAUCCCUGAAUUCUGCAGUGAUUCUAAUACCAACAAUUAUGAUGUCACUACAAGGUGUAAUCUACUCAAGAAAUAUUACGAAGAUACCGAACGAUGUGGCGUUAAUAUGUACGAUCCAUUAUUCUUGCUGCUAUUGAUAAUUCAUAACAAAGAGCUGGUAAGAAUGGUCAAAGAUGGCGAAAACAAUGUAACAUACAAAUAUGAGUUUGAAAAUUUCCUGGAUUCCAAACUUUUCCAGUUCAUUGUUUGUUCAUUAAGUGAUUGUGAUACUGUUGCCAAUAUAAGUUACGAACAUUUAUCAAAUUUAGCCGUUUCUUUGGAGAAGAAAAAUGCGCAAAUAAGUCUUGAAAAGCAAAUCACUGGCAAGGAUAUUGAAAAAAAAGAAGUUGAUUACGAUCUAAUCAAAUAUAACAGCAUUUAUCAAGUUUUGAUCAAAAGGAUUUUAUACCAGAGGCAGCAAACUCAAGACUCAAUUAAACCGUUGAUAUGGUUUUCUAUCUCUAGAAUUGUUGAUUUGUUGGGAAGUCCAACUGCGCCUCUACAUGAGAAGGCAUAUCGCUGGGUAUUAUCAAACUCUACUAUACGUAGUUGGGACAUCCCCAUGGUGUCUGAUGUAAUGAUGUCCUACAAUAAGAGACAACAAGAUGAUAAUAAUAUGAGAGAGAUAGAUAUGGAAAUAUACUAUGGAGAAUUGAGUUGGGUUUUAACGACGAUUUGUAAGGGAGUUAAAACUGAUGAAGAUUACAAGAUGUUGGAUAAGAAAGGUGUAUUUGAAUGGCUGCUAAACUUAAUCAAUAUGCCCUACUUGAAAGAAAGAUUACGCGAGCUAAUUUAUUUUAUUUUUUACAAAGUUCAAAGGAUAGCGGAUGAUGGCGGUCUGAAUUUAAUUAGUAGAAACGGUAUUGUCUCGUUUUUCGAGAUUUUGAACAAUAACAUUAAAUAUAGACUACCGCAGGACGAUAUAUUGAACAGCAUUGAUACUUUACAGACCGAAAACAAAGGUACUUUAAAUGCUACUUUAAGGUUAGUCAAAGAACAAAAUGGGAUUGAAAAAUUGCUAUUAGGCUACAACGAGCUUGCCAAAUCACAAAAAAGGCUGAUCCUAUGGACAGAAGGGGAUAGUGACAACGUUGUCAAGAGGUUACGUAAAUGA